AUGGGCUAUGAUAAGGGUAGUACUGGCUGGUAUUUGAAAGUUGCUAAUCCUGCCAAAACACCACCUGCUUCUGCAGUAGGUUCAGCUUCAGCAUCAGCCUCAGCCUCUGCUGCAGUUUCAACAGCAGCUCAAUCUUCCUCCUCACAAGACCUUGGUUCAUCUUCAGAAGCACCUUCUUGGUUUUUAUCCUUUCAACAAGAUUUUUCUAGUUUCUCUUCUGAAGUACGCACUGGUCUUCAGAAUAUCAAGGCAAAGGUCACAUCACUUGAUAAACGAGUGACUCUUAUAGAGCACUAUCAAGCUAAACUUUCUAAGGGGAGUGAUCCCAUGGACAUCAGUUCUGCUCAUCCAAGUACUGAAGGUGAUGAUGAUGCUAGUGAUAAUGAUGAUGAUGCAAAUGAUGAUAAUGAGGGUAAUUCUGACAAUGACAAUGAUGAAGAAAACACUGAAGAAGAAGGGUCUCAAGAAGAAGGAGGAGAAGAAACAACAAAAGGAGAUGAUUCUGUAGAAGAAGACUAG